AUGUUUUGUGAUUGUUUUCUCGUCGUCGUCCGGUUGUGCUAACAUAUGUUUUAUUGUAAAGCUCUCUAACUUUAAAGUCUUGGCUUUUUGAAACUGUUUUAACCAGAACAUAAUCUAUUAUUUCUAACAGUGUAUAAAGUAGCCGAAUACCAUCUUUAUAAUGUCUUUAAUUCGACGUUUAAGUCGAAGGUUUAGCCGUCGUGGAAGUAGGCCGAGUAGAAGGCGACAGGAUUAUUCCGAUGGAAAAUGUCAUGAUAAAGACAGCAUCGCUUGUAAAGUUGAUCUGCUUGAUGGGACAGUUUUAUCUUUCAAUUUAGAGGUAAGUUUUAAAGGAAACAUCAGUUAGAUGCAGAGAUGUGUUGUAUUAUGUGAAUUGCAAAAAUGUAAUCUGUUUGUCUACAUUGAAUGCAGUAUAUUUACACACUGCAUUCCAGGAAAAUUUGCAUGCUGUUUGGCACCCUAUUAAUAUGUUCAAAAGCCUUGUUCUUGUCAAGGCAAGGGGCUAUACACUCCUCUGAAAGCAAGUUGUUGAAAAUCACAAUCCCAGCCAACUCAGAACAUGCAAUCCUUUAAUGAAAAUCACCGCAAUAUCUAGUUUAAUACGUAGUACUCCAAAUUGUAGAUAUACAUUUCGAAAGUGCCGUGAUUGCCGAAAUUUUCAUAUUGAAGUAGGUCUCAAAACUAAUGCAUCUAUUAUCUAUAAUACUGUAGUCCAGAGCAGAUGUGUGUUUUUAUGACCUUAGAUUUAUUUAUUUAGCGCAGUAGACAUAGAGUGAUGAAAACGUAUUGGCCAGUUGAGGCCAAUAUAAGUAAAUUGUUGGUGAUCUCUAACAUAAUGACAAUAAUAUAGAUAGUUAUUGGGGUCAACAUUUGGUCAAGACAUUUCAAUCAUUGCCUCGUUUAAACGUUGUCCACAAAAAUUAAAUAUUGAGCAAUCAUAAUAUUUUUUAUUUGUACAGUGUCUUUUUGGGUGGAUCAGCAUAUAAAUGAGGGCAUCUGGUCAAUAUGGAGCCAAAUUGUUCAAUAAUGCAUUUUUAUAUACAAAGAGAAAUAUGUAUGGCUUUUAAACUUGAACAUGAUUUGAUCUGGUUUUUUCAGCAUCAAAAUUUGAUGCAAUUUGUUCUACUUAAAAUAUACUUUGUAUCAGGAAAAAAACACAAAAAUGAUAAUUUUAUCUCCAAAAUGAUAAUUAUACACCUUUGACUGUAUUCCACAAUUUAGUGAAUAUGGCUCAUGCCAGGGUGCAUUCCAUGUAAACUCGACGCCGGAGAUACGCCAACAUAAUGCAACAUUAACUAUAGAUAGUAUUGUAAUUUGUCAAACUCACGCCAGAUAUCUUCGCACUUUUGUGCACAGAAUGCACCCUGGGGCUCAUGAGACCAAUAUGACAGGAUAUUGCCAAUAAUUAGAAAGUAGAAAUGUUUGUUUUGGCUAAAAACGUUUGUUUUGGCUGAAAGAUUUCUAGAAUAUUGUAAAAGUUUCGUAACUGUUAUUAUAUGUUUGGUAACUGACAUGUUUCAAGAUGAAAAUAUCACAUCGCAUGUGACAUUUUCAUAUGCAGAGGGAAUAGAGGAGAAUGUGACCCAUUUUCUUUUGUAUGUUUGUGUUCCUCACCAAGGUAGCACUAAUUACUGAACUAAAAUUGUGAGGUCACUUACAAAGAAUUCUUUAACAACCUACUCAUAUGACUCAUUGUAUAUGCAAGUAUAUAAUUUAUAUCUUCCUGUAGUGUGUGGGAUGCUGUUUCUACACUCCCAUUGUUUCCUUUGCACAUUUUAAAAAGUAUAUGGUUAGAAUGUCUCUUGAAAGUACAAAUAGUUGUAACCUUUGCCAAAGAAUGUAUCUAUUGAAAUAAUAUAGUAGGAUACCUCCUGAAGGGCACAUUGUCGCUUAAUGGGUUAAUAAUUAUCACAUGCACAUUAAUUUAAAAAUUAUAUUAUAUAUAAAUUGUGCGUUCAUACACAUGCAUGUACAAAUGCUCAACCAUUUACAGUGUGAAUAGUUUUAACAAACUUUGGUUCCAGUAACUUUAGAAAUUAUCAUUAAAAAAUCGAAAUGAAUGAUGUCACCUUUACUUGGUUGGCUGACGUUAUGACAUCAUUAUAGAAUCAGUGUCAAGUACAGUAAAUUGUUGCAUGAAUAAUCGGUAAUCAUUAAAUUCUGAUUGUGGCACAAUCGGCCAAUUACUAGUAAACAGAUGUAACAUAGUGGAGCUGAAAUGUUUAAUGUUGAAUCAUGUAUUCCAUCAUGUUUAUUAUUUUCUGAUGUUAGUCAAGAAUGCAAGAAAUGUCAUGUUAGGGAGCAUAGAUUCUAAAAUUUUUGGGGAUCACAACAGAAUGUACAGUACUGUACUGUAUGUUCAAUUUAAGAGUGUUGCAUAUUUGGUUCAUGCUCACUAAUUCUGCAUAUUAUAUAAAUUUCUUAGUGUUAUGCAAGGGGACAGUAUAGAUUUUUAGUGAAAAAUAUAGAAAUAAUAAUAAUAUAUUAAUAUAAUAUAUUUUUAUAUUCAUAUAGAAUUUUGGAAAAUAUUGACAGAUGGCUAAUUAUAUACAAGUGUAAUAUUAAUAGAUUAGAAUUUUUAUGAAGUAGCUGUUUGCCUGCCAAUUAACCACUAUAACUGAUUACAGUAAUUAGCUCAUUUGUGUUUGGUACUUGCAUUUCUGUUUGGCAGAGUUUGGUACUGUACAGUACAUAUCAAGUCAUGAAGAUUAAAGUUCCACGUUCAUUGCACAUUCACUUUACAAAGAAGCAAGCAAAAGUGUUGGGUUUAACGCUUGACGAAUUUUUAAUUUGCAUGGACCAAGCAUAUUGACAACUUAAUUAAUUGUGUUCGACAAUUAAUAGUAGACUUGCUUUAUUACGUAGGAUUAAACCCUUUUUAACUAAGGACUGUGCUCUUCAUUUCUAUAACUCCUGUAUUAAUUCUAGUCUUAUCUACUGCUCUGUAACUUGAGGAAACUGCUCAAAAACACUUUUACUUCGCAUUCUUCGACUGCAAAAGCGUACAGCACGUAUUAUUCUAGAUGCUGACUUUUCUGCUCCUUCUGUUCUUUUUUCCCAGAUUCGAAUAAUCCCAAUCUUUGAUCUUGUUAAAUUUAGGAAGCUUCUCUUACUAAUUAACAUUCUCACAAAUCCCAGUGCUCCAUCUUCAUUUAAGCAAAUGUUUAAAUUCUUAUCUUCUAUUUGACAACAGGCUCUGACUAGAGCUUGCGCAUAUGACCUUCAACCCCCCUUCCCGCGUACUGACUCUGGCAAACGAACAUUUCUGUACAGUGCUUCCAUUCUUUUUCAUUGCUUAGAAAGCAAUUGUAAGCAACUUGCUGCUUUGCCAUCUUGCUCUUCAUAUACUAACGCCAAACAAAAAAUUUGUAAAAUCUUUCUUAACAAGUUUAACCUUACUAACCAUAUCAAAGAUCUAUUUUGUAUAAAUUGUAAAUAUUUACUAAAUUGUAAUUGUAUUCAUUACGUCUAAUAUUUUUUUUCUCAUAUGUAAAUAGUCGUAAUCUUUAAUCCCUUUUAAUGUUUUAUGCCUGUAAAUAUCAAAAUAGUGCGAGGGCCAUAUGUUAGAUAACUUUUAUCAUGGUUAAUACGUUUCCCUCGUGAAAUAAAGUUUCUAUUCUAUUCUACAUUCCAAAGGUCAUAAUAAUUGUAUUUGCGAACUGGUACAACAAACUGCCAGUUGUCAGUACUAGACUGGUUUCCGGAAGCCCAUACAGGCAUCUUUUUCAAAAAGCUGGCAACAUAGCUAGUUUUGUUAAUUCGAAAUGCUGAUUUCAAAAACCAAUGUUGCCAGGUUCAAAAAUUAUGUUACAGGAGUGUAAUUUGCAUUUUAAAAUAUGAUGUUAUAAAAUAUAAUUACUAUCAAAUAAUAUUUGUGUCACGUGACCCAUCAGGUGUCCAGCAAUAAUCGGUAUCUUAAUGGCACGAGCAUCGAUUAUAUGACGUUAUAUUCCUUCAGGAAAAUUCUUUCUGUUUUAUUAACUAAUUAUAAACCAAAACAUUUAUUGAUGAAAUACGAUGAAACAUUGCUUGUCGAAAUGUUACCAACGUCCAAGCAUAAGAUUCAGCUUCAACCUCAGAGGCACAUCAUGGACGUGCUCUAUGGUAGCUUAUCAUUUGUUAUCAAUGCACAAGUUGUUCUCCGAUUUGCUGCAGCAACAUAGUCCAGAACACACUAUAUUUGCUUUCUGCACUUGCGCCGCAGAGUUGCACAACCAGUGGUUGCGCUUACAUGUAAUCAUCUCCACACAUUGUCGUCAGGACUGGCUUGUCGUCAGGACCGUCAUCUAUAAGUUUUCAACCAGAUUCCGUAGGCUCAGUUAGAAUUUGCUUUGGACAAUGCGCCUGUCGCCACACCAUAGCCUGAUAACGAACUCUCAUUAUGUGGUACUUCGAGGCGUCGCUUGUUGGUGGAAUUUAUCUGGAGUACCAGCCUUCGCAAAUAGCAGAAAUUGAGCCAUAUCCACGGAUGGUACGUUUGUCUUGUAGAUUCUGCAAACAAACAUUUCUACUCUUUUAAGUGUGUCUGUUGUCAGAGUUCCUUCUCCGAGGAAAGGGAGCAGAUGAAAGUAGUCUUUCAACACCGUCUAUGCGGUCUUCUUGGAGUGACCAAACAGGUACGAGGUAGUGUCGCAGCCGGUGAUCGCAUGAAACUGUAGGAUGGCCUUCUCUGAUCCUGCUGGAAGCUUACGAUAGACAUCAUCUAAAGGGAUGAAUUUGGGUUUCUUAGCGGUUCCUGCUGCAACCCAGACUUUUGAAGUUAUCCGAAAUCGAUGGGCCAGCAACAGCAGUAGCACAUCCGUGUCACGGGCUGAAACGACAACGUUCUGAGCAUACCCGUUGUUGUGUAUAACAUGAAAGACAAUGCAGGUAUCCGCCUCCUCGUGAUUGCAACGCAGCCCCACAACGUCAAUUGUUGAGUCUGAGCAAACGAAAUGACCAACUCCUUAUAUUUGGCGUGGUUAAGUACCUUAUCAUUCUUUGUACACCAUUUCUCAAUAUCGUCGAUAACAGUUUGUAAAUGGCUUUGUUUACCUUUAAUGAUUGUUUCCGAAAGACUGGUAUCGUCAACAUAUUUCCAUCGGUUGUGAGUGACGGCUAAAUCGUUGACCGUAUGGCAUAAGGAAAAGAAGCUGGCCGAGAAUUGUUCCUUGCGGUGCGCCACCAUUUACAAAUUCCCAAUCAGAUAACACAUGCCCCAACUUCACCCUCUGCAUGUCUUCUUUGCAUGAGAAAGUCAAUCACCCAAUUAAUUAAAGAAUUAUCAAUGCCCUGUCUUCUUUGACCUUUUUGGUUUCUCACGACUGCUCGGCACAUCGUACAGUAGUUUGAUCGUAACCAUUCAUUUCAUAUACAAGGUCUCUUGAUAUAAGAUAUAGGCGUAAAGAUAAUCUAUUUCCGUUAGUCGUUAGUCGUUAGUUGAUUUUAUUUCCCCCCUAACAAUCUGAGCGUAUCCAAAUUGUCGGUUGUGUCAUAAUCCGGUCGUUUCUCUUUUCUAUUUUUAUCGACUGAACCAUGCAGUCACAUAAUGAGUUUUCCAGAAUAAAGUCUAUAGGGGGCCUCUGUGAUUCUCACGCUAAGAUCUGUCAAGCCUCAAGGGUUUAUAUAGAAUUAUCUCAAUAUUGGCCGAAGAGUCUUGAUAGAGCAUCGCUGUUUACCAAUCGUACCAAGAUAUGUUGGCCGUUUAAACAGGGGUCGAAAUUUAAUUUUUUUUUGUACUAUACAGCCGGAAUAGUAGAUUUUGAAAUUUACUAUUCCGUCUGAAGAUACACUAUUUAAUGUACUGUUUCUGACAGCCUGUUCAUGCAGGGUCCGAGCUAAUGUUCUGAUUUUCGUGAAAUCAUCCCUGAGACGUCUCCUAAAGUGAACUGAAUAAUUGAAUAACAAAGAAUAAACAGGUGCAGUGCAUUGCAUUGUACAGUGAUGAACAAAUUAUUAAUAAAAAACAAAACAUCUCAUGAUAUUCAAUGAAUCAUGCAGUAAUUAGCCGCCAUUUUCGGGUGGCUUUUCAGCUGAAGUUUUCAGCUUGGGUGACUUUUCAGCUGAAGAAGCAGCUUUUGACGAAUGAUGGUAAAUUUGCUUUGUAAAUGGUUAGUUUAUUUUGAAAAAUUGCUUUUCACAUUGUUUUAAUUAUCUGCAUUGGUUAACGAGAAUUAGAUGCCACCCAGAAAUGGCGGAUUUUCGACAUUGUGAGAAAGGCUAAUUAACUAUAAUGUGAAUCAUCUAUUCAUGUACAUUAAUAUACAUCCUCAGGCUGGCCCACCACUAGCAUGAACAUAACAGAAUUUAGCACCAGGGUAGCACCUUGUAUGUCAUAGACGCAAGUACUACAAGCGAACAAGAACUUAGCUACGAAGUGGAACAGUAGCUCAAAGUCCGGUAUAAAGUGAUAUAUUAUACAAGAGGAAAACGCUUGCUUGUCGAUAUUUGGUACCACAAUUUUUUCAAACGGAAUACCGUGAUCAUGGGGUUUACUAUUCCGUCAGGCAUUUUACUAUAUUCGGAAUAGCGGGAAUUUCGACCCCUGUUAAAAAGAUAUUUUUUUGGUUGAUAAACCAUUUGUCAUGUGGUUUAUUUAUCAGCCUAUAAGUACUAAAAGAAUAAUUUUGAGUUAUUACUCGCCAAAGCCUCAUGCAACAACAACACUAUGUUGCAACCUGGAAAGUAGAAACGCUACUUUGGAGGUUACGGCGAUCGUUGAUGGGAUAAGAACGUGUAGGUAUGUCGAAUGAUCGUAGCUAUAUAUCGAAAGGCAAGAAACGAUAACCAUUUUUUGUAUUUUUGCAGUUAGAAGAAACAAUAUUGAAGCGUUACGAUUUGUUUCAAUUAAGUCAUCGUGUCUAAGUUACAUGAUACUAGUAUCUAUUUUAUUUAGAAAAAGUCGAUUGGUGAAGAACUUAUUAAUCUGGUGGACAGGAAUCUUGAUUUGAUUGAGAAGGAAUACUUUGGCUUGCAGUUCACUGAUUCUCUCCAAGUUUCAGUAAGCGAACAUAUAGUGUUUUGUUCUGCAUGUGCAUUACACACGACCAUGUGAUAUUGAAUAAAAAUUUCCAUUUUACUGAGAGUCCAAUGGAAUUGAAUUCGAUGCAUCCAAAAUUCAACGUUUGAAACGGGCGUCGAAUCUGGCAUGUAGUUCGCUCGUAUCUCACGCGAAUUGUAUUCAACACAUGCGGAAUGUGACUUUUGAACCAGGCCUAUACUGUACAAUUGCGCCUGAUAGUUGAACAUCAAACAUAUUAAAUGUUAAUACGCAAAGUAAAUUUGUUUGAUAUUUUUGCAGCAUUGGUUAGAUCCACUGAAGAGAAUAAAGAAACAAAUUAGAGGUAUACAACAUGUUGUUAACUACUUUUGAAAACUAAUAUAACGUUUUAAUAACUGUAUAGAACCUUCAUUCCCGGGAAAUGCUGGGCCAGCUCAGUCAAAGCACGAUUAGCCUUAACCCUGGGUUAAAAUUUAACCUGUUAUUUGGGUUUGUGUGUUUCUAGACGUCUGUUAAUUUCCAAACUUCACAAAAUGAGACUGCUAUUGAUCCUGACAAGAUUUCUGGGAAAUUAUAGUAUUUCCAAGUUUAUGAGCAAGCCGUUGGGAACUUUGUUUUGACGUUUUUCGUUAAUCCUGGAUUAAGCUAACCUGCAUGGUGUGUAACUGUUCGUCAAUGUAUUUUCUUUUGAUAUUUUAGGACAACCACCUUAUACAUUGAACUUCCGUGUCAAGUUCUAUGCUGCAGAACCUCAUAGUUUAAGUGAGGAAUUAACAAGGUUGGUAACUACAACAGGCAUAUAAUAGUUUUGUUUGUGGAAACACCACGUAAAUUUAAUUUAAUUAAUUUAAUUUAAUUUACGUGGUGUUUCCACAAACAAAACUAUUAUAUGUUUUAUCGCCAUGCAAACAUACAAAGAACUUAUUACAAUAGGCAUGUUGAUAAUAAGAUAAAAAACAUAUACUUGGUAUUCCGAGGCACAGAAUGCAAAUUUAUUAAGUGCGUGUGUACUACAGGAGUGCAUGUACUAAUAUGAAGGCAUGAAGUCAUAGGUAGUUAUUUUCCACUCUCUGUUCUACAUUCGAAUACUCGAAAAAUAUUUACCUAAUGAAGUUUCCUCACUUCAUACUGUAUUUCUGCAAUGUUGUUCGUUAUAUCUUGCAAUGCCUGUUUCCUUUUAUAGAUAUCAUUUUUUUCUGCAACUAAAACAAGACAUUUUGGCAAAAAGGUACAGCAUAUCUUUACUUUACAGUGUUUUUAAGAAUGUUAAUCUAUAGUGUAGCAUAGAAAGUUUGUAUCAUGAAUUGACAAAAAUCGAAAUUGAAUCUUCAACGUAUAUGACCUGGAAUGCUCGCUGCUUUUAAUGAUUUCGUAAUAUACCAUCAUCAUAGUUACCGGGGUUCGUACGGGUCCUGGAAAACCUGGAAAGUCAUGGAAUUUAAAUAUUCCAAAAUCCAGGCCUGGAAAUCCUGGAAAAUCAAUUUUAGUCAUGGAAAGUCAUGGAAAAUUGAAAUUUUACAAAACAUUAACAAAGUAUUUUACUUAUUUCAAUUUACCAGUCAUAACAAUAAUAUGAAUUUUUGUUAUAUAACGGAUUUUUGCAAGAACGAAGUGAAUUUUGUUCUUUUAUUAUAUCUGUUAUCGUUAAAAUAUUAACGAAUUUUAGAAAUUCCAGACUUCCAGGUUAUGGAUUUUGAAAAGAAUGGUCAUGGGAAGUCAUGGAAAAGUCAUAGAAUUUUAAAUGGGAGAAGGUGUACGAACCCUGAGUUACACACAUCAUAGAUAGUUAUAGCUGUACUGCAUGUAUAGAUUGGGACUCCCCCCCCCCCAAUCCCUCCUUUCUUAAAUUUCACUUAGUCAAAAUACUAAGAGCAAAUUGAUGUUGGUGUGCAAAGUGAAAAAUAGUUUUCUGUAUUUCAAAAAAGCAAUUUUCGACUAAAUACAGUCCUGAUAUAACAAUAUUGUUACAAUCUAUAGUUGUGUCGUAAUCAUGACUAUAUCAGACUUGUUAGAACAACCUUGUCACAAGUCUGAUAAUGCCAAGAUUGUUACAAGUUGUUAACAGCUUGUCCCAAACUUGUUGCAACAACUCAUGGGAACAAGCAGUGCGAACACAAGUUGUUGACGGCUUGUUGGCAGACUUGUAACAACUUGUUUGCAGACCUGUAACAACUUUUGCGUUUUUACGUGUGUAUAUGGGUAUCGUUUCUGAGAAGCUAAGAUUUCAGAUAUGUAGGUUUGAUUUCACAUUGUUUACCGAAGCCGAUAUCGUAUAGAAAGUUUUCAGGAAUUCGCAUCUGACCAAAAAAAAUUGGGGAUUCUGAAACGUUUUGACGUACGCCAGAAUGAGUUCCGUACCAGUGUGUAAUUUUCUAUAAUCUCGGUGUAUGAUGCUAGAACACACUGUGUAUAUCUUAUGUUAUACUUUUCAUGUUUCCAUUAAGGUUAAAUGUUCCUUUAAAGAAAUUGGUGGAAUUGGCAGCAUACAGUUUACAAUGUAAGUAACUGUUAACUUUUAAUAGUUAACUUUUGUAAUGCGAUAGGCGAUUUCCACUCGAUAAUUUCCAUCUACAAGACCCUUCAACUAUUAUUGAAUCGAGUGAGAUGCCAACAAAAUUUUGAUAUUUAUCCAUAACCUAAACAUGGCAGUACCCUAUAUAUACAUGAACUUGUGGUUUAUAGGGCUCGAAAACUGGCCUCUGUAUUAGCGCUGCACCGGAAUCGCAGGUCCUGUAGUUGCAUGGUUAGGUCUAAUAAAUGUAUAAGACCCUUCAGCUUUAGACCUAUUAUCUAUUAUGCUUUCCCAAGACAAGUUGGUUUGGUGAAAUUGUCCUGAAUUGUUGUACAAAUUGAUAGCCAUGCAAAUACUACAUGUUUGAAUAAAAAUGUAUAUAUAAUUUGAAUGUUUACUUGAUAUACGAACUGACUGAAUAGAAUGUAUUGACUAUUGUGCACACCGACGUUUUGUACAGAAAGUAGUACAAAACAAGCAAAAUUUAUAGAAAACCAUAAAGUCGUGGAGAACAAAUUGGCAUCCAUACCAAAUAUACAAGUGUUCGGCUCUUGAAAAUAUACACAGUAAUUUUAGUAUGGAACAAGAAGUGGUGAUGCAACCAAUCAGUGGAAAGUCCCGCACAACCAAACCCAAGAAAAAGUAUAGGGAUUUUGACCCGACACCCAAGCAACAAAGUAUACAAUUUCCAGCACAGCGUGGUAUGUUUUAUUGUCGAAAUCCCGUAUAAUAAAUUCCCCGUAAUCGUUCGGGCAAUUUGGUACAAAAAUGUGCGUAAUCAACAAUAAGCUAUAUAGAUACAAUAGUCCACUGGAUAUUUGGUAUUGACUAUGAAGAAAAUUUAUACAGUAAACUAACAUUCUCCCAUUGGCACGUAAAUAAAUCCCAGCUGAAACCACGCUAUUUCUCUGAACUACUAUUAAAACUAAGCAAAUUCUCUCGGGACACCAUGCAUAUAUCCAUCAAUUUCCCCGUAAAGUCCAGGUCUGUGAGUCUGGGGAUUUCCAUGCAGAAUCGUUUGGGAAAUAUUCGAUAAAAAUAUGUAACUUUAUUGUAGUAAUAGAGAGCAAUGCAAUUUUAGUUAACUAUAGUGUCAAAAACCUCCUCCCUUGGUUGACCACAAAUCAACCUACAAAACUUCGGUCCCUCAUGUUCGCAAAUUCCAACUAAUAUUUACUAAAAUACUGAAAAGUUCCUCUUUUCUUUUAACGUUCAUAUUUCAUGGUUAUUCAAAUGUUCCAGUUUACCUUAUAUAUGUUAUGAUUGUUACUAGCUUAUUCUACACUAAAUCUAUAAGUUAUUAAUUUACAACCCAUGGUUUUUUCCAAAUUGCUAAUCGUAUACAUUUCCAAACAUUUAGCUGAACUGGGCGACUUUGAUCCUGAAUUACACGAGCACAAUUACAUCAGUGAUUUUAAAUUCAUCCCAGAGCAGGUUGGUUGGAAUUCUAAACAAUAAAUGUAGAUUACUUCAUGGUUGGUGAGUGUGUACGAUUUUAAACGAUUGAGCGAUCCUUCACAACGAGGAUACAUGCAAAACGUACAAACGAACCAACCAUGAAGUAAUUUGUUUAUUGUAUAUGUGUUUAGAGAUAAAUGUCCGACAGGCACAAAUGCAGUAUAACCAUUUCGAAACAAAGGUAUUCUUAUUUGGUAUUAUUAUUUAUUUAAAAAAAUCCUGGUUUCUGAUUGGCUGAUAGCCAACUGUGAAAUUGUCAUAUCAACUCAAUGGCUAACCAAAAUGGAUUUUUCACAUUCAUAUUAGCAAAAUGACGUAUGAAAAAAAUUUGGACGCGUUUGCGCCAUAUUACUAUGACGACGAGAAUCAUAUUGACUCGCUGACGCCAUUGAUAUGACGACGAACGACGGCUGCCGAAGGACUUGAAGCCCGUUCUCCACUAGGCGAAUUUUUUCGCGCGACGCGAAAAACAAAUUUUGGCAAUGUGAUUGGUUAGCGAAAAAAUUCGCCAUGAAAAAGUUGGAUCAGUUCCUACUUUUUUACUGUUCGCGCGAACAAAUUCGCCUAGUGGAGAACGGGCUUAAGUCCGAAAGGUUCGCCAACCUUGGCGAAGCCGAAAUUCAAAAAUUACUGGAAGAUAAGAUUCGUUAAAUACAAAAAGAUCAACAAAAGCCUCUAGAAUAGGUAAGAACACUUUUCCUAAUUCUUGAUUGGCUGAUUAACGCGGGCGAACAAAUGGAUGACCGUCAGUUGUUUUGAAUUUUUUAAAUAAAUAAUAAAACAAUUAUUGAAUUCGGUUUUCGCACAAUAUAAAGAAUUAUCAAGCCCUCAGUUUGCAGUUAUCAACCUCAGCCUUCGGCUUCGGUUGAUAACGGCAAACUUCGGGCUUGAUAAUUCUUCAUAUCGUGCUCAACCUCAUUCAAUAAUUGUUAAUUAUUGGCCUUGUGUGUUUUCAUUUUGACAAUUGCUGAAAUAAUAACUCACUUCAGCAACUUCGCUAAAGCGGACCCGAAGUACAUGUACAUAUAUAUCUAGCCUCAAACAAGUUUCUUGCCGUCUAUUUCUUCAUUUUCUUGCUAUAAUUCCAAACAGGUUAAUUAAAAGAGGCCCUUCGUUAUUAUUUUAGACCUUGCGUGUUUUCGUGACGGCAAUACUCACUUGCAAUUUUUGCUGCGAUUUUCUUCCCCUGAUGUAUGUGAACGAGUGGAUGAGUUAGAAAUGUUUAGAUGAAGGUACAUAUACUCAUUCAUAACUUAUCUACUCGUUCACAUCCAUCAGAAGAAGAAAAUCGCACUAGAAAUCGCAGCAAAAAUUGCAAGUUAAACGGGCCUUAAACCAUAAAAUUCAACAGCACUUUUGCCACUUCGCUAAACCAGGCGCCAUGUUAAUAAUUGUUAGAUAGAACGCAAAAACAACAUUGCUACGGCCAAUCAAAGCGCUCCGACGAUAAUUUUUCACAUGCGAGAAAAAUCAUCUGACCAAUCAAAACUCUAACACCGUAAAUUUCGUCAGACGAUUGUGUUUGAUCUACGUACUGCACGGGAGGUCUCUAUACUUCAUAAUUAUAUGGUGAUCAUUAUAACUCCAGGUUAGUUUAUGUAGUCCAUGAGGCAACCGGGUCCAGUGUACUAAUUCCGCUCGGCUAUUUACACCCGGGGGAAGGAGAGAAGAUAAGUAUCGUAAGGGGAUAUUUACCAUGUCUCUAAGAAAUGGGCCCCGUAUAUGAUUUAUAAACUGAUUAAAUGAUGCUCCCAUUAUGCUUUGCACGCUUAGAGUUUAACGUUUAAGAUUUAGAGUUUAAGGUUUGCAAAGGACAACCUUUUUUGAAUUAACUGUAUAAAUUGUUUCAUGGAUUAAUUGGUACAUUGAUUGCUUAUUUUUGGACAUAGACCGCUGAACUUGAAAAAGAGAUACAUCGGAAACAUCGCCAGUUUGCGUAAGUUUUUAAGAUCCUCCUCUAAACUCGAAAGUGUAAACUGUAAACUACCUGAAAUUCUCUUUUAUGCCCCUCCCCCUCUGAAAUAUACUUCUCUAGUAGGUCCCUUGUUUCUAAAGGGUAGAAUUUAUAAUGCCCUACCCACAAUUUUUAAGGCCCUUAUAACAAUGAAACGCAUGACUUGUGUACUGAUUAGAUUUAUUAAUUGGUCUACAAGUUCCCGUUAGUUUAAUGUGUUUCUGACAUACUUACAUUGGCUAAAUUAUUGAGCCUGCCACCAUUUUUAAACAUGCCUCAAAUUGUAAGCCCCCCUCCCCUAGUGUCCGCCACUGAGUCCAGUCUUAAAAUGACGAAGUUUGUGAAAAUGUGAAUCACUUUUAUUUUUCAGUGGGUUAAAUCCCGCAGAUUGUGAAGUGAACUUUUUAAAGAUUAUGAGAUCUGUGGAAUCGUAUGGUAUGCAUCAGUAUGAAGUAAUGGUAAGUAGUUCAACAAAGGACAAUAGACUAGAAAAGACCCAUUGAUUCGACCAUGAGGGUGUGGCAUUGCCCUGGUUAAACGAUAGGCGAGUCAUCGCAAAUUUUAAUUAAAUUUUAGGGAGACAAGAAUCGUAAUAAGUAUCACCUUGGUCUAUCACACAAAGGAAUUAUCGUCAUUAAAGAUAAUGCACAUGUAGCAACACAUGCUUGGUAAGCAUACAGUACGAUAGUUUAUUUCGUUUUCCAGUCUUUGUAACUCAGGUUUACAGUACGUGAAGUUUCUUCCACUUUGAAGGAAACGCCCCUUUGAAGGACAUUGGAUUCGACUACAAGUCUAUAUAUAACAAAGGCAUUUAAAAUGCUAGCGAAAACAGGUGGAGCUCUUAAUAGCUGACAUCCCCCAUAUUUUUACUUUUGUCGCUCAGAAUUACAUCAGUUUAAACAAGGUCCUUUCAUAGUGGCACGUUGAAAAAAUGGAAACCAUUAGCAACACUAAGGCUUUGAUUAUAUUUGAAUGUUGUCUUCCGUUUACCAGUAAAUAUUUACUUUCACCACAAUUUGAUCCGACACGAAAACAUGACACGUCACGGGCGAGAGGAAGGAUCUGCGGUUUUGGUAUAAUACAUAUACUGUAUGUUUAAUUUCUGCAGUACAUGUAACGUUUCCUUGUAUUUAUAGUAUUGCAACUAUCUUAUUUUAGGCCAAGAAUAAUGAGUUUGUCUUUUAAAAGAAAUCAUUUCAACAUCGUCGUUGAAAAAACAGAGGUUUGUCACAAACUUAUUCAAAUUUCCCUCUUUCGUUCAAUAUUUAGUUCUUACGACCUCAAGCUCAGAAAUAUGUUAAUGUUUUUGAAUGAGUUGAAACCGUAGGUAACAGAUACUCUUUUACAAUACAUCAUUUUGCUAGUUACAUUCCUCCAAAAAAACAGUAGUUUCCCAACUUUUUACACUAAUAAAUGAUUAGCUCACACCCGAGUGACGACUUUUGUCCUUGAGGGGAAUUAGAGCUAAAAGAAAUUUGCAUUGGAAAAAUAGUGUAUUACAAUAAAUCAGUGGUGUUCUAGAACCUUAAACUGCAGUUGGACUGUAGCAUGUAGCUGAGACUGGAAUCAAUGUAUCGACUGUUCAAUCAUUUGUGUUUCACUUAGAGCCACAAUAGAAUUGCAAAACAGUACUUUGCCUACUGUGUAAAGCAAAAUAAAAAAGGAACACCUUUGAAGAGGAUCGACCGUGUGGGGAAACUACAGUAAUUGUUUUAAAUGAUGAUUGAACUGAUGAGUCUCAGCUACAUGUUAUAGUGGAACUGCAAUGUAUUCCCAACGCAGAACGUGCCAUUUGGAUGCGCAGUCGCCAUUUCGAAUUGGUUGGAAUCAGGCGUUUUGGUUUUUUUUUCUGCCGGGGAGGGGGGAGAAAAGAGGAUCGAGAGGGAAAAUGGGAGCGGAUGAGAUGAACCAGGAAAUAAAGCAUGCAUGAUAUUCAGGUAAAUGUAUGUUUUGUUCUAUUUUCAGAAUCCGUCGGUACAUGAGCCAUUCUCGUUUACAUUGGCGUCUGCCAAAGCCAGUAAACAGAUGUGGAAAGCCGCUGUAGAGAGCCAUUCUUUCUUCCGGUAAGUCAAUCUUUCGAAACACAAUAGUACUUUUCUUAUUCGGUUUAAACAUUUUCAAUAUCGAAAUGUCUAUAUCUGUAAUUUGCUUUAUAGUUUGUUAAAAACAGGCGAGACCCCAGUAUCUACUGCAAGUUUCUUUAGAAGAGGAUCUAAGUUUAGAUUCAGGUAUUUUUAUUAUAAUUAUUUCCCAACUAUAUGCUGAUCAACAUUACUUAUUUACGGUGGGUGCGUCAAAUUCCCUGACGCGGACCUUGAAUUUUGUAAGAAGCAGGAGAGUGUAAAAUCGCUCUUCUCGUUUCGCUAAGGAGAGUAAUAGGGGAUGAUAGGUCGGAAUCUGACAAAUAUAGCAUCAGAAAGGUAAGUCGCAAACUGGAAGUGAUGUAAAAACGUCUCUUGCGAGAAAAAUACUUUCAUUAAAAAGUACCUGUUUGCUCUCCGCGUCAAUCAAAACCCUAAACAAUUUUGUUGUAAAAGCGCUCUCUCUCUCUCGAACAUUUUGAGCGUGUGAGAGCGAUGGUGCCUCUCAAAAUUCAAGGUCUGCUGACGCCCGCAGCACAACAACCCAUACGUCUAUACUAUACUAUACUAUACUAAGGCUAACGCUUUCCACACGAAAUAAAAUAUAUGCAGCACUUUAUUGCGAUAUAGUACACCUUCCAAUUAUUCUGCCUAUAUCAACGAUUAUUGGUGGGUUAGGCAGAGAAGAUUUUCAAUUUUAUAUUUGUUUGUUGUAGUGGGAGAACACAACACCAAGUGAAUUCAGAGGCAAAGAAAAGUGCGAGGAAACAGAUGAAGAUCGAGAGGUACAGUACAUCUGUGGCGGAUACUUCGCGAAAUUUGGCGGAUGGGGCAAGUUUGGGUUGCCACCAUAUGAUAGGAAUAUUUCAAGGAGAACUUCGACGUUUCGAGCUAAGACCCUCGACCUCCCUACUCCGUAGAAGCUUAGAAGUGCUUAUGUGAAGAUAAAAUAUGAAUGCGCUAUUAAGUAUGAAUGCGUUAGACGGUAAUGCCAUAGACGGUAAUUAUAUACAAUAAAGAAACCGCUAAAAUUCGGAGAGCGCGGGCUCCGAAUUUUCGCAGUUUUUACUGUCUAUGGCAUUACCGUCUAGGGCAUUCAUACUUUAAUAGCCCAUUCAUAUUUUAUCUUCGCAUGUCUAAGUACUUCUAUGGGGAGGAGAGGGGCCCUCGACGAAGGGCUUUCACUUUCCCUUGUAUUUUUCAGGUAGUUGUAAGUUGUAUCCCUAUCAAUGCAAUAUGUAGCUUAAUCUAUAGCCUAAAUAUAAUUGUUACAGCUUUGUUUCACAGUUAUUCAGCUAUCAAUCAAAGGUUUUCGGAAAUUAUUUGGGGGGGGGGCGGCUCGUCGGACGGUGUCCACCAUUGCAGUACAACAGUACAAUCUAAAUUAGUUUUCUGAUAUUUAUACAGGACAAAAAGCGAAAGAUAUUCCAAAAGAUCAACUGUGGGUAAGGAGAAAAAUAAGAAGUAUUCUUUAGGUCCUCGAAUAACAGCGAGUAUAGCUCUAAGGAUUUUAGCCUGCAAAUACAGUCGUGAUAACGAAGGAGUGAAUCAGGCCGGCUGUAUUCGCAGGCUAUAAGGAUUUUCACUGUGAGGAAUAUUUAAGACUUUUAUAUACAUGUAAGUGUUCGUACUGUGUUCAUUAAUAAUUUAUCCUGCAGGUUAUAUCCGAGUGGGUUCCAAAGUGUGGGCCAAAGCACUAAAUGGAGAUUACUACAAAGGCGCUGUGACAGGCCUGGGUGAGAAAGUUCACAUCAAGUUUAACAACGAGGAUACAAUAGCUCAUGAACGAGAUGCUGACGAUUGUGUUGUAUUUGAUAUGGACCCUAAUCCCGAGGACAUUCAGAUUAAUACCAGAGUCAUCGCUCACUGGUCGUCAAUCUCUGCCUACCUCUCUGGUACUGUAAUCAAGAUUGAAGGACAGAAAUACUAUGUACAUUAUGACGAUGGAGACAAAGGAUGGAAUAGUAUCAGACAGCUACGCAUUUUAAAACCUCCAACAUAUUUUGGUAAGCUUUCUACUUUCUAGAUUCUCCACACCUCGAACAUACCUGACAAGUAUGUCCUCUAAUUCCUGCCCUAUGUACGUUUAGCAGAAUUUAAAAAUUUAGUACCGCUUUUUAUUCUGAAAAUUGAGUUCAAAUACUUAUGUUUUUCUCACAUGUAAGGCCCUGGUGCAAAACUACGUGCUAGAAUCAAGAAAGUUGAGUCCUUCAAGGAGACCAGUAUGAUGGCUCGUCCGAUAACUAUGGAAAAACCGCUGAAAGCCAAGGAACGCAGGCGUUUAGAGAACAACGGUGAAACCAAGGCUCCUUCCCAUGCUCCUCCUCCGCCACCAAACAGUGGUAACCACAACGAACGUAAGGUGUCCAGCAGCAAGAGCAGUGAUGGCCAUAAUGAACAACGGAAUAAUAGUGCACCACGUCAUCACUCUGCCUCCGCUGCGGAAAGACGAACUGCACUUGAUAAACUACUGAACUCAGCUGACGUAGCCACUGAUGUUGAUACUGGACAGGCUGUGUUUGUUCAUGACGAAGAAAGAUAUAGAAAUAAACAUGCUACUGCACCACCUUCUAUGCGCAAUCAAAGGUAGUGUUCAAGUGACUCAUAAUAUCACAAACGUGGGGGUUCAGUGUAGGCAGUGUUUUUCAAUAAAACUGUUGAAGUUUUGGUUCUAACUGUCCGAAAAACAGGUUAAGACGUUCCGACCAAAAGGCCCUUCAUAUGGAAGUAAAAGGAGGGCCUUAACACACUAGAAUUUUUUAACAUUUUUCUGGCAGUUCCGACCAAAACCUUCACAGGUUCAAAGUUUAGAAUGUAGUUUUGAGAACUCAAGGGAACACAUGGAAAAGCUACCACCUAUCAAUGUUAAAUAUAUCAGAUAACUUUACAGCGCUGCAAAUAAUUGUUUACGAUCUGCUGGUCAAACGGCCAAUCCUGCCGAUCAUAUAUUACAAGUAAAUCAUUAUCCAUACAAAAAAAGUGUCCGGGUUCGUAUAUUGCCGGUCAUUGACCGUUGACCGGCCGUUACUGGCAGUGCUGCCUUUAUCCAGAUACAUACAGUGUCAUCUACUCAUUCAGACUUGUAAAAUUACCUCGUAAGUUUUGGUAGAGGACCACAGCCCAGAAAUGUGCAUUCUUGUUAUCAGAAAAAGAAAAUUAUCAGAAAAACAUUGAUACGUGAUUUUUCUUUAGACCCUCUCAAGAGAAGAGUUCAAUAUCAAGUGACCAGGUUUGAAAUGUUCUAUAUUUCAUAAUUAUUUACAUGAAAUAUUAAUAGACAGUUCCCCAUUAUAGGCUAAUUUUAAAACUAGGCAAGGAGAUGCAAAUAAAUCACCACAGCUAGAAAGAGUAUUGUUAGCAAAGACAACGGAUUAAUGUUAAAUGAUCAAAUUAUGAUUUUUUUUAUUCUAGAGAGAUUACUAUUCGUCGAGACGUCCUGGUCCUCCGAUGACAGAACUGUGACAGCAUUGUGCACCUACUAAAUUCUUUAAAAAUUAAUAUACGCCUAAAAACAAUACACGACAAUACCAAAAUGUUAUCCACUAGAAUCCUUUCUAUAUUUUCACUGGAUAUGGGGGACAAAUUUAUUUAUUUAAUCAGAUAUAUUGUUUGGAGUUGAUCUUACAAACAGAUACAGCAUAUAUAUAAGAAGUUCUUAGAUGUAUAGUCACAUGCAUGUAUUCUUUUAGUUAUAUAAAAGCCAAAGCACAUUGGGGUCGGUCAGGGGGAGGUAGUGGUAUACCAAAUAAUACUAAAAAAUAGAUCAAAAUACCAAAUGACCUUUGUAAACUUUAUGCCAGAAAUUCCCAAAAUCUAAAUAUACCAAAUGGCAAAUACCCAUAAUUUCAAUGCACUGUAAAUGUACCGUAUACAGGGUGCGAUAAUUCAAUAUUUUUAGCCGUACCUGACUGGUACUCCGACAAAUUUUGCCGCGUACCUGAUCUGGUACAAACUUAAGAGUCAAGCCGUACCUAAGACUACUUCCGAGUCACGCGUUUUUAUACGUAUAGUUUACUGGUCCAAAAGCAUAAAAUGUAUGGGCAAUUUUGUACAAAUGAAUCUUUAAUUAAUAUGGUAUUUGUACAACAUAAUAUAACAGUUUUCAAAGCGUCGACGUUGUGACUCGAAUGCCAUCGCUCAUUCACAGUGGAUUUACCGAGGGUGCUAACAGUCUGACCUCAGCUACAUACAGUGUAGUUUUCCUCAUUGGGCCUAAAAAAACCUGUGGUUCCGGUUUCAUAUCGCGCAAAAAUUAGGGUAGGUAGGUCGGAAAUAAAAAUUAUUUUUUAAAUAACUUUUUUUGAAUAUUUUUUCAUGGUUUUGGCGGGAUUUUUGGAUGGGCGAUUUUCAGUGGAGUCCCGCCAUCAAUAUUAACUAGAGAUGCGUAGUUCCUACGGACGAAUUUAGGCAAUUUGGUUCAAUAAUUAUUGUGACAACAGACGCCAUUUUGGCACGCUGUACGAGCAGCCCGGAACCGAAAUAGGGUCGAUCGUGUUGAAAAAAAUAUAGGGUGGGCAGAAAAAAAUAUUGUCGGUCGGGAAACCGGAACCACAGGUAUUUUUUUAGGCCUUGGUAUAUAGCAUUGACAAUUAAGCCCAGGUCACACCACACAACGAUAACGAUACGAUAACUUGUAAGCACGCGAUGAUUGGUAAAAAAAUUAUGUUGGUGUCCACACUACUCUACAGCGAAAACGAUAAAAUUAUCGGCGUUUGACGAUAACGAUUUUAAAAUCGCUCACCCGAGCGAUUUUUUUCCGUUGACGAUGACGAUAAAUUUUUUGAUCGAGCGCAAAGAUGUUAACCUUUUGGCUUUUUUCAUCCCAAAAUAUGUCGGAUGCGUGAAAUUUACAUGUACAGCUAAAGUUCUUCACGGUUUUGAAUACUUUGGCAGGUCUGCUAGAUAUUGCUUGAAGGAAAAUGUAAGUACGUGAAUAGCAAAUUUCCGCGUACCUACGUGGUACUUGCCUAAAAACAAAGAAGUACCAGACCAUAAAUUUGGCGUACCUCCGGUACGUUGGUACGCGAAUUAUCGCACCCUGGUAUACCUGAAUUAAUAACCCAUUAGAUACCAUAUACCCAAAAACCCUGGCCGACCCCAGCUUGUUUUACAUUGACGACUACUUCCGUGUGAAUAUCGCGAUACCUCCAUUUGUGUCAGCAUGGCCUUUGUUGAAGUAUAAUCGGUGAGAAAAUAUCAAUUCGUUAAAAAUUCGUGUGUGAACAGGCUUUAAGUGUAGCGAACUGGGGGUUUUAUAUCUUAAACAUACCAAAAGGUAUGGUAUUAAAAUGACAUUUUAUUUCCCGUAACGGUAUUUUAAAUGUACUAAAAUAUAAAAAAAUAUUAAUAGUUAAGAAGACUUAGUAUUUUAGUGUAGAAAUAUUAAUUUUGCUUUCAAGUAUAUAGAUAUAUAUUUAUAACGCAUUUAGAAUAGCGAAUAUUGUAUUAUGUAAGCUAUUAAUUGUUUGUAUACGCUGUAUGCAGAAAUAAAACAUCCUUUUCUCAUAAGAAAGUGUUUGUCUUUUUUGCCCUUCAAU